AGCCGCUUCCCGCACGGCUGAGUGGCUCUACGAGGCUCGUUGCGGCCAUUCAGGCCCGGCCCGCCCAUUCACCGCCGCCCCGCACCCGCAGGCCGCGCCGUCCGCUGACUGGCCGAGCCCCGGCCGCGACGCGGAGGCUCCGACGCGGCCCUUUGAAGGGGGCGUUCAUCUCGACUGGGAGCAGCGGCCGCGGGGACGAGGUGGUGCACGGCGGGUGAAGGGCGCGGGGCCCGGCUGAACCGAUGGUGGUGUGGCGGUGGUAGCAGUAGACGACUAGAGGCAUGACCAUUAAUGCCGCCUCUCGUCUCUCCUGGCGCGGGAUGGCCGUGCCCGUGGCCGUCGGCGGCAGUCAUUCAGUAAUGGGGCCGCGGCCUGUGCCGGGCUGGUCGUGGCCGCCCCUGCUAAUGUAUGCUAUCGGGCAGCAUCUGACGGCGUGACGGCGCCCCGCCCUGGGAGGACCAGUCGUGCCGCCCCGCCGGUAAUUUAUUCUCGCCUAUCACCAACGGGGCGGGGCGGGGCGGAGGCCGGGCCGCGGUGCAAAGUGAUUCCUCCAUGUCGGAGCGGCGGCACCUGCGUCCUGGGCGGGGGAAGCCACAGCUGACGGGCGCGGGGACACCUGCAUAUUGGUAGGACGGGGUGGGGCGCCGGAAUAGGUCUUCCUUCGUACCGGCGGGGCAGAGCGGGGCACGGCGGGGCGGGAUAGGAGGAAGCUCCGGGACUUAUCGGGCAGGAAAUCCGGACGAUCGCGUCGCUGGGAAGACGCCGAGCCGCGGCGCCUCGUGGGAGCCGACCCGCGGCGACGCUGGGGGCGGCGGGGCGAGGCUGUCGAUGACGAUGGUGGCGCUGCCCCCCCCCCCUACUACUACUACUACUACUGCUACUAAAACUACAAACAGACACCCAAAAAAUGUGCACAGACGAAUACGUCGGGGAGUACUGCCAGCACCUGAACCCGUGCCGGAACGGCCCCGGCCCCCGCUGCCAGAACGGCGGCACCUGCGAGGCCAUCUUCUCGCUGUCCGGCCCCAACCCCAAGUUCAAAUGUAUCUGCCCCGUGGGGUACCAGGCCUCGCUGUGCGAGAUCCCCGUGGCCAACGCCUGUGACUCCGACCCCUGCAUGAACGGCGCCACCUGCCAGCUGCUCACCCUCGACACCUACCGCUGCCAGUGCCCCUCGGGCUUCCGCGGCGAGCAGUGCGAGAAGGUGGACCACUGCGCCUCCAAGCCGUGCCGCAACGGCGCCACCUGCCACUCCCCCCGCAACACCUUCAGCUGCACCUGCCCGCCGGGCUUCACCGGCAACACCUGCACCACCGAUGUGGACGAGUGCCGCGACAAGCCUUGCCGCCGCGGCACCUGCAGCAACACCUUCGGCUCCUACACGUGUAACUGUGAUGUUGGGUACACAGGCGCCAAUUGCGAGAGCCAGUAUGUGCCCUGCGAGCCCUCCCCAUGCCACAACGGCGGAACCUGCCGGGCGAGGGACGCCUUCUCCUACGACUGCCACUGCCGGUCUGGCUUCAAGGGUAGGAACUGCGAGAUCAACAUUGACGAUUGCGAGAAACACAUGUGUCAGAACGGAGCGACGUGCGUGGACGGCGUGAACACCUACACCUGCGCCUGCCCGCCCACCUUCACCGGCCCCUACUGCACCGAGGACGUGGAUGAGUGUGCCGUGCGCCCCACCAUAUGCAAGAACGGCGCCACCUGCACGAACACCGUCGGCGGCUUCUCGUGCAUCUGCGUCAACGGCUGGACGGGCGAGGUCUGCUCCGAGAACAUCGACGACUGCACCGGGGCGGCCUGCUUCAACGGAGCCACCUGCAUCGACCGCGUGGGCUCCUACCUGUGCCAGUGUACCCCGGGGAAGACCGGCCUGCUGUGCCACCUGGACGACGCCUGCGCCAGCAACCCGUGCCACCCCGGCUCGCUGUGUGACACCUCCCCCACCGACGGCGGCUACAUGUGCACGUGUCCGCCGGGCUACAAGGGCGUCGACUGCACGCAGGACACCGACGAGUGCCAGGAGGGCCUCCCCUGCGAGCACAACGGCACCUGCGUCAACACCCCCGGCUCCUUCAGGUGUGACUGCUCCAAGGGAUUCACGGGGCCGCGCUGCGAGAUCAACAUCAACGAGUGUGAGAGCAACCCGUGCCACAACCAGGGCACGUGUCUCGACGAGCGGGGCGCCUUCCGAUGCGUCUGCAUGCCCGGCUACACCGGGCAGCACUGCGAGGAGGACGUGGACGAGUGUGCCUCGCACCCCUGCUACAACAAUGGCGUGUGCAGCGACCUCAUCAACGAGUAUCGCUGCAGCUGCACGCAGGGCUUCACGGGGCGCCAGUGCCACAUCAACAUCGACGACUGCGCCUCGGAGCCCUGCCAGCACGGAGGAACCUGCAUAGACCGAGUCGCCGGCUACAGUUGUCGCUGCAGCCCGGGCUUCACCGGGACGAAGUGUGAGACCAACAUUGACGACUGCCUCUCCUCCCCCUGCCGCCACGGGACGUGCAUCGACGGCAACAACUCCUUCACCUGCCAGUGCAACCCGGGCUACACGGGCCUGCUGUGCCAGACGGAGAUCGACGAGUGCCGCUCCUCGCCAUGCCAGCACAAAGGUCUUUGCAAGAAUCUUAUCAACAGCUACAAGUGCCAUUGCCCUAAUGGCACUGCAGGAGUCAACUGUGAGUACAACAUCAACGAGUGUUUCAGCAAUCCCUGCCGCAACGGUGCCAAAUGCAAGGACGGCAUCAACGAGUACAGCUGCGAGUGUGAGCCUGGCUACACCGGCAGGCACUGCGAGACCAACGUGGACGAUUGCCUGUCUCAGCCGUGCGCCAACGGGGGCCGCUGCAUCGACAUGGUGGACGGCUUCCGCUGCCAGUGUCCGUCCGGCUAUUUUGAUGCCCGCUGCCUGUCCAACGUGAAUGAAUGUGCCAGCGACCCGUGCCUCAACGGGGGCUCCUGCUACGAUGACGUCAACAGGUUCAACUGUAAGUGCCAGCCUGGGUUCACUGGGCACCGCUGUGAGCACGAGAUUGACGAGUGCCAGUCCAACCCGUGCCAGCACGGCGGCACGUGCCUCGACGCACUCAACAUGUACACGUGCUCCUGCCCCCCGGGCUACUCUGGCCGCAACUGUGAGGCAAACAUUGAUGACUGCCAGAGUCGCCCCUGCCUGAAUGGAGGCACUUGCAUUGACUUGGUUAACUCCUAUAAAUGUGUCUGUGAACUUCCCCACACUGGACGGAACUGUGGGGUGCGCAUGGACCCGUGCUCCCCCAACAAGUGUCAGCACGACGCCCUGUGCACGCCCACGGCCAACUUCGUGGAUUUCACGUGCGAGUGUGGCCUGGGCUUCACCGGCCGCCUUUGUGACGAGGACAUCAAUGAAUGCAACGUCUCGCCUUCACCUUGUAAAAACGGCGCCACCUGCCGCAACACAAACGGCUCCUACUCCUGCGACUGUGCCGUUGGCUAUGAGGGUCGUGAGUGCACCAUCAACACCAAUGACUGUGCGCCACAGCCGUGCCUCAAUGGGGGCACCUGCCUCGACGGGAUAGGAGAGUACAAGUGUCUGUGCGUUGAUGGCUUUGGCGGCACCAACUGCGAGGAUGACCUCAACGAGUGUGCCUCAAACCCGUGCCAGAACGGUGCCACCUGCAAGGACUACGUCAACUCGUACACCUGCAAGUGCCCUCUUGGCUUCUCAGGCACCAACUGUGAGAUCAAUGAUGAGGAUUGCACCCCAACGUCCUGUAUGAACAAUGGCAGCUGUAUUGAUGGCAUCAACAACUACACAUGCAAAUGUGUCACGGGAUUCACCGGCUCCCAUUGUCAACACCGUAUAAACGAGUGCCACUCAAACCCUUGCAAGAACGGCGGCACCUGCUCCGACCACGUGGGCUUCUUCUCCUGCCACUGCCAGUACGGCUACACAGGCGACCAGUGUGAAAACCUGGUGGACUGGUGCUCGCCCUCCCCCUGCUUCAACAACGGGGUGUGUGAGCAGACCAAGAACCGCUACAAGUGUGUGUGUCCCCUGGGGUGGACUGGGCUACUGUGCGAUGUGGAAAUGGUGUCCUGUGCUACUGCUGCCGCCAGUAAGAAUGUGAGUCCGUCCAAGCUCUGCCUCCAUGACGGCAAGUGUCACGACAUCGGCAACACCCACCGCUGCGAGUGUGCCCCCGGCUACACCGGCUCUUACUGCCAGCACGAGAUCAAGGAGUGUGACUCUCAGCCCUGCAUGAACGGCGCCACCUGCAACGACCACGUGGGGACCUACUCCUGCACCUGCCGGCCAGGCUUCCAGGGUCUUGAUUGCGAGUACAAUGUUGAUGACUGCAAGCCCAACAACCCCUGCCAGAAUGGAGGAGUCUGCCAUGACCAAGUGAACGGCUUCCAGUGUUCCUGUCCUCAUGGAACACUCGGGAAGCUGUGCGAGAUCAACACCAAUGACUGCUAUGAAGGAGCUUGCCACAAUGGUGGAAGAUGUGUUGAUAAGGUCGGUGGGUUUGAAUGCCGUUGCAAGCCAGGCUAUGUGGGCACGAGGUGUGAGGGGGAUGUCAAUGAGUGCUUGUCCUACCCCUGUGGAGCCGAGGGCACGGCAGACUGCAUCCAGCUGGUGGACGACUACCGCUGCAACUGUAAGCCGGGCUUCAUGGGGCGGCACUGUGAGAGCAAGAGAGACUUCUGUGCCGAGGCGCCCUGCCAGAAUGGAGGCGUCUGCAACAAUAAUGACGUGGACUACUCUUGUCAUUGUCCUGACGGGUUCACCGGAAAGUCCUGUGAAUUUCCAAAUGACAAGUGUGCCUCCAACCCCUGCCGCCCAGGAGAGAUCUGCCGACCCUACGAGCGCGGUGCCGAGUGUGUCGCGCGGGAGGAGGUGGUCACCUCGUGCUCCCCCAACCCCUGCACCCACGCCGGCAAUUGUCUUGAUCGAAUAUCUUUCUUUGAGUGCCACUGUCCACAGUACUGGAACGGCAGGACGUGUGAAGUGUACGACCCCACCUUCAGGGGCGGCAUUGGAAGAGAAGUCACUGUGGCUUACAUAACCAAUGUGACUCUGGAGAGAGAAAAGUGUGAAUUCCACCGGUGUGCAGAGAAGAACAACAACCAUAAGUGUGAUCCAGAGUGUUCCAGCGCCGCCUGUGACUACGAUGGGUACGAGUGUUCCCUGGGCAGGGACCCGUGGGGCGCCUGCCAGGCAUCCAUCAACUGUGUGGUCGUCUAUUCUGACGGAGUGUGUAACCCUGAAUGUAACAACAGCGAGUGCCUCUUUGACGGCCUAGACUGCCAGAAGCCUCUGAACCAGUGCAGCCCCAUCUAUGACGCCUACUGCCAGACCAACUAUGAGAACGGCCACUGUGACCAAGGCUGCAACGUUGAAGAGUGUGGGUGGGAUGGACUGGACUGUGAGACGGAGCCGCCAUCCAUCAUGCAGGAGGGACUCCAGCUGGUGGUGGCAAUGGACGAGGCUUCCUUCCGGUCCGUCAAGAAGGCCUUCACACGCUCCUUGAGCACGGAGCUGCGGGUGCACCUGACCAUCAAGCAAAGCCAGUCGGGUGAGGAGAUGAUCUACCCCUACAACAGAGAUGGCACUCAGGGGCUGCUGGUCUACUUUGACAUUGACAAACGCCGCUGUGAGAAGGAGAACCAGUGUCUUGGAACGGUGACUGACAUGGCCAACUUCCUGGCAGCAAACCGGCUGCGUCUGGGAAGCGACCAGGGCGUGCCCAUCACCAAGGUGUACGAGAACGUUCCGCUGGGGCCCACACCCAGCUACACCUAUGUCAUCGUCGGCAUCGUCUUCACCCUGGUGCUGGUGGGCAUCAUCUUCAUGGUCAUCACCAACAACCGGAAGCGUUCUCGAGGCAUCACCUGGUUCCCUGAGGGCUUCUUCCCCAAGUACAGCGCCGGGGCCGGGGCCGAGCCAGCCCGCAGGAAGCCUGACGGCCAAGAGAUGCGCAGUUUCAGCAAAGGGGCGUCCAUGCACCACCUGCCUGACUUUGGAGACGGGGACGGUCCUGGCCCACCCAUGGCCAUUCCAGGGCCCUUGGGAGACUGGUCCGAUGAUGACAGUGAGCACCCCCCCAGCAAGCGGUCGAGGCACGAGGCAGGCUACUCCGACCAGACUCACCUCACAGACUACGACGACGCCAACGACCCGCGAGUGUGGACGCAGCAACACCUGGACGCGGCGGACAUCAAGAACCCAGACCUUCUUGCCCUCACUCCACCCCAGGCCGAGCCCGAGGACCAGCGGGGCCUGGCUGGCGAGGUGGACCCCAAAGGACCCAUGGGCCUCACACCACUCAUGAUUGCCUCAUUCCGAGGUGGCGGCCUGGAGAGCCACACUGACGAGGAUGACAAGGACGGGUCGGCGGCGGUGAUCCAGGAGCUGAUUGAACAGGGCGCCAAGCUGAACGCCAAGAUGGACCGCACCGGAGAAACCUCCCUGCACCUGGCCGCCAGGUAUGCCAGAGCUGAUGCAGCCAAGCGACUGCUGGAUGCCAAGGCUGACGCCAACGCCCAGGACGCCACGGGCCGCACACCACUGCAUGCUGCUGUGGCGGCCGACGCCCAGGGGGUCUUCCAGAUCCUCCUGAGGAACCGCUCCACGGACCUGAACGCCAAGAUGAAUGACGGCACCACGCCCCUGAUCCUGUCCGCCCGCCUGGCCAUCGAGGGCAUGGUGGAGGACCUCAUCAACGCUGACGCCGACAUCAACGCUGCUGACGACCUGGGCAAGACUGCACUCCACUGGGCGGCGUCCGUCAACAAUGUGGAGGCGGUUCAGAUUCUGCUGGCACACGGGGCAAACAGGGACGCCCAGAACAACAGGGAUGAGACUCCCCUGUUCCUUGCUGCGAGAGAGGGAAGCUUCGAGGCCUGCAAGCUCCUCCUGGACCACUUUGCCAACCGGGACAUCACUGACAACAUGGAGCGGCUGCCGGAGGACGUGGCCAACGAGCGGCUGCACCACGACAUUGUUCGUCUGCUGCGGGAGCACCACCCUCGCUCCCCCCAGAUGGCCCAGGCGGUCAACACCCACCUGGUGUCCCAGCAAAACCAGGUUGGCAACACAGUGUUGUCUCAGCAGAUGACACCACAGCCAGCACAGCGGACCAACACGCAGCCCAAGGCCAAGGCUCGACGGCCCAAGUCUUCAGUCAUGGCCCUCCCCGGCGGCUCCAUCAACACCCCUGUCAGCCCCGACGGAACCACGUCCAUAAAGCGAAGCUCCAGCGUCAAGAAGAAGCGAGAGACUUCGGGUGUGCCAAGUGUGGACUCACAGACACAGCUGUCGCCGCUGAACUUGGGGUCACCACACGGGGUGUUUGAGGCAGCCUCCAGCCCUUUUGAGACAGGGCUGUUUACCGGCGGCCUGGGCGGCCUCACCCCUCACUUCCCUGAGCUGGGCGUGGCACAGCCUCCGCCCUACGAGGAGUCUGUCAAGGCUGCAGCAUCCAUGAACAACCUGCAGCAGAUUGGAGUGAGGGACAACAACCCCUUCAACUACAGUGUGAUGGAGGGCCACCCCCACCACCAGGGCCAUGUGGUGCACCAGCGCCAGCAGUCCAUGCCCGCCUCCUUCUCCCCGCAGAGCCAGACCACCUCCCCCCCCCACCACAUGACCCCGCCACACUCAUCGCCUCAGCACGUCCACUCCCCUCACAAUCAGGGCCAUGCCACCUCGCCGGGCAAGAUGCGGCCAGCGCUGCCCACCUCUCCCACCCACAUGGCGGCCCUCAGGCAUGCCACUGCAUCCUCGGGGUUUGAUUUUCCCUCCAGCAGCGGGGCCGCCUACAGCCUGGCCAGCCAGCAGCAGCAGCAGCCUCAACCUCCACAGCAGCACCAGCUCCAGCAGGCACAGGCUCAAGCUCACCAGCAACAGAAGCAGCAGCAGCAGCAGGCCCAGCAGCAGGCCCAGCAGCAGGCCCAACAGCAGGCCCAGCAGCAGGCCCAGCAGCACCACCCGCACCAGGGCAGCAGUGGCUACUACCCCCACUACCCCACCCCCCCUUCCCAGCACUCCGGGGUGGAGGCCACGCCCCAGCAUGGAGUAGCGCAAGCAGCACAUGAUGCCUUUCCCACCCCCUCCCCCGAGUCCCCCGGCCAGUGGUCCUCCGCCUCGCCCCGCAGCCAGAGUGACUGGUCUGAAGGAGUCAGGUCUCCCCUUGGACCUCCUGGCUUGCCACCACUACACCCCAUCUACCCUGGUGCCCAGCAGCAGCAGCAGCAGCAACAACAACAACAGCAGCAGCAGCAGCAGCAGCAGCAGCAACAACAGCAACAGCAGCACCAACAGCAACAGCAUCAACAGGGGCAGCCUCAGGGAUCCCUGCAGCCCCUGGGCUUGCCUUCACAGGGCUCCAUUUACAUCUAGCCCCUGACGUUCCCUUGUGCCAAUAGUGUUCUAGUGUACAGUGCUGCCUCGGUGUACAGUGCUGCGUGUACCAUACCUGCCUGGGCCGCUUCCUCUCUACUGUGUACAUAGUGCUAAUAUUAUUUUACUCGUACUUAUUGUGCAAGUGAGUACAAUCAACCACAGACCUUACUUCUUGUAACUCUAGAAAAGCGAAGGACGGACCUUCUCGUGUAAGAUGAGAACCCUUUGUGUACAGUGUUCACAUGAAACAGUUUGCAAUAUAGUUGUAGAUGUGAUGUAGGAGGAGUCUUUCAUGGGUCGCUCUGUGAUAGCUGUGCUCAACACCAAUGUCCUGAGCAUAAAAGCGUGCAUUUCCAAAUUGAAGUAACAAUCUUCUGCUUUUUUCCAUGCAUUCCAAACAUUUUUGUCACUUCAUAGUUUAGACAUCGAUGCCAAUAGAUGUUUGCUGAAAAGAAUUUGUGCACACGACUUAUCACAGUGACUUUGAGGAAAGUUCAAUAUCAUGGCUAUGUUGAAUGUGAUAUGUUGUUUAGUAUGUGAAGUUUAUAACCAUGUCUUCGUUUAAUUUGUUUUAAGAACGGCUACCGUGCGCGGAGCAUCUUAGAGACCACAAUCCGAUCUCUGUAGGGUAUUCUGCUGAUAGAUUUUUAUGGGCUCAUACCAGUAUAAAUUUAAAGAAAUUCUAAUAGAAAUGACAAAGGAAUAUUUUCUUUUAUGUAUUGAGUAUCAUUUUAAGACAUGAACAAAUAAAUUUAGCUGCCAGGUGCUUUAGUGAGGUGAAGUGCCUAUUGUAAAUGACUCAUAAUUUUUAUAUAUAUUUGUAAGCAUUUGUUGUAUAGAAUGUGUGACGCCACAAAGGGUGUGAGAAGCCCAGGACCAAACAGCCGUGUGUGUCCUCUGCUAUGUACAAAACGUAUGUGUUCACGUGGUGUCCAGCGCGCUCACAGCCCCGCCGUGGGUGCCGCACUAAAGGGCUAAAAUUGUCCCAUUCAUGACAUUUACAUACUUUGAGAUGUUGUUACCGACACACUUGAACAUAUUCUACUUAAUAUUAAGAGGAUGUAGUGAGGCUUGAACUCUGCACUGACGUAUGCAUACAUGUGUGUGUAUGACGUAUACGUAGAUGUGUUUACACAGUUAGCGUACGUCUGCCCGCCUGUGUGCACCGCCCUGGUCAGCACAGAUGUCAGGGGAAAGAACACUGAAUAAUGGAGCUGGGCCAUGAUUGUCAAAUAAUGUCAAUACCAAGAUUACUUGACAUUCUUUAUUUUGACCAUUUUAUUUUUAUACUUCAUCCCAGAUUUCCAGAGUAGUUUGUUCUCCUGACGUGAGUACUGAUCGGAGUGAUGCGUACAGACUGGCGGACACACCCAACACCCACACUAAAGGACGUGCCUUUUCGCCUUCAGUAUAGUUAUGACCGGAGCAACUUUUAUACAGCCGCGCACCGUGUUUGCCAGCGCUUGGUGAUGUUUGUUAGCCCACCGUGACCCAGAAUCUGCAUUUUCUUGGCUCUUCAUUUCUCGCCUUUCUCCAGCGUCGCUUCACCUCUGACAACACCGACCGUUGUUUUCUUCGUCAUUGAUCUCAGGAUGGCUGGGUGCCUUGGGGCCAUGGGAGGCUAGCAAAGGACUCCAAAGUGCUCAAGCAGAGAGUGCAGAAACCUUAUCCCAUCUUUGUGUUACCCACUGCAAACUGUUAGUGCACACACACACACACACACACACACACACACACACACACACUUUUGAAGGUUUACAAAGGAAUUUUUAUGUGCAUUUAUGUUGAAAGAUAUUUGAAAUCAGACAAAAUACUCAUUUGGUCUUGUACUUCCACAUCCUGACCCUCCUUGUAAGUGGGGUAUUUAGUUUGAGAGAAUGAAUGUAAGCAUUAUUUUGUGAGUAUGCAUGUAAAUGAUACAUGAUUUUUUUUA